GCGGCAGCAGGCGACCUCGAAGCCGGAAGUCAUCAACAACAGCAGCGUCGCCACGCGUGCUGUCAGCAAGAAAUACCUUCAGCAGUUCUUGACAGAACACCCAGAUGCUGCCAACAUGACCACAACAGUGGUAGUUGAGUCCAUCAUCCGUGCCGCGACCGCGCAGGCGCGCUGCUCGUUCGCACAGUUGGGCAACCAGCCGCCCGGAUCUUUCGGACCUGCCACUCACUUCAUCAGCCACGCCUGGGCGGGAAAUUUCGGAGAGCUUGUCAGUGUCAUCCUCGACAUCCCAGAGACGGAUGGCCCAGCUUUCUUCUGGCUUGACAUCUUCGCUAUAUGCCAGCACACGAACGAUGCUCAGGCGGAGGAGCUGGGGCAGCUAGCAGACGUGCUGAUGCGCGCACGCAGCACCGUCGCCGUGCUGACGCCCUGGCAGGCGCCAGUGGCCGUUUCACGUGUGUGGUGCUUGUACGAAUACAUGGUCAGCUGUUCGUCGAAGGGGCCUGAAUCGCUGUGCGUGCGGCUCAGCAAGGACCAGCAGCGCGACUUCAUCGCGCACCUGGUGGCAAACUUUGAAGAGGUUGAGAAGCUCAUUUCAAAACUGGAUGUGCGGAAGGCGGAAGCAACCAAGCCGGCGGAUAAGGAGAUGAUCCAGCGCAAAGUGGAGGAGACGACGGGGUUCGUGCUGUUGAACGAGACGGUGCAGAUGGCACUGCGGCGGUGGCUGCGCGAGAGCGCGGAGGAGGUGCUGGCGAGGAUGCUGGAGGAGCGCGGCCCGGACGACGCCGACGUGCUCAAACUGCGCGACCGCCUCGGCAUGCUGCUGAGGGCUCAGGAGUCAGACCAAGGCGCAAUGCAGCAGGCGCUCCAGCACUGCCAGGCUGUGUUGGAGGCGCGCCGGCGGCUGGAUGCAGCCGCAGGCCUCACAAGCCCCGGCCCGGCGACUCUGACAUCACUUCAGAGCGUGGGAAUGGUGUUGCGAGCGCUGGGCCGGCCGGGCGAGUCGCUGGUGUUGCUGCGGGAGGCACUCGGCGGCAUGGAGGCGGCGCAUGGGCGAGCCAGCAAGGCGGCACUGAGGGCGCUCAACGACGUGGCUUACACACUCAUGGCAACUGGCGCUCACGAGGAGGGAGAGGCGCUGUUGAAGGCCGGCAUCAGCACCAUUGAGGAACAGCUAGCGGCUAGCGGCGGCAAUGACAGCAGCAGUCUGGCGGAGCUGCAGGACGUGCGUUGCUCGCUGCUGUCCAACCUGGGAAAGGCCCACACCAUGCAGGGGCGGCCCCUGCAGGCGCUGGAGGUGUCGCAGCAGGCGUGCAGUCUCAAGACGGAGCGAUACGGGGCGAAGCACCCCUCCACCAUCAUGACGGCUGCCGACGUGGCAGUGGUGCUGCGGCUGUUGGGGCGACUGCCCGAGGCACUGGCCCUGCAGCGCCAGCAGCUUGAGCUGUGUGUGGAGGUGUUGGGCCGCCAGCACCGCCACACUGCCAUGCUGCAGAACAACCUGGCGGUCAUGCUGGCGGAGCACGCCGCCGCUGGGGCGGUAGAACCGGCGGCGGCGGCGGCGGCGGCGGGGCCAGGCCAGGCGCAAGUGGCAGAGUCGGAAGCACUGUUCAAAACGGCCCUCGAGGGAUACCGCAAGUGCCGCAGCCCAUCGCACUCCUCCACGCUCACCGUGCUCCACAACUGGAGCCUAGUGCGUUGGCGCCGUGGCGACCCCGCCGCCGCCCUGAGCCUGCUGCGCGACGAGCUGCUGCCGGCAGCGCCAGCCGCCGCAGCGGCGGCAGCAGUAGCAGCCCAAAGCCCGGCGGGGCAGGCAGCUGUAGCAGCUGGUGCUACUGCUGCUGGGGUUGAGCUGGAGCGUGCGGUGUCGCUGAUGGCGGCCGGGAGUGCGGAUGCUGAUGCGUGGGUGGGUGGCCAGGCGGCGCUGGCGUAUGCGGCGUUGGAGCGCCACCUCAGCGCAAACUCGGUAGCCAACAUCAUUGUGGUAAAGCCCUAAGCCCGUGAGCAGUGUUGAGCUUGGGAGGGUUGGUGGGGUCCAACGUGGCAGUGGGUGUGAUGGAAACUGCGUAUGAUUGUUAUGAAGUGAGGUCGGGGGCAUCGUUGGAGUACAUGCAGGACAGCACAUCGUGGCAUGGCAUGUGUGUGAAUGGGUGUUUGGCUGCGUGCGCAUGUGUGUCAUCGUGUCGUGUGCGGAUGGAUAGCGCCAUAGCGGGCUCGCCCAAGGCUAGGUGUUCCCAUAUAGAGAUCUCAAAUACCGGACUACGGUACUGUGCAAGUGUACAGCAACACCAGAACCACGAACGGCGGGUCGGCGCCCCGGCGGGCAAUGAGGCCAUCAGUCAUCGAUGACCGGGACCUGCUGGCUGCUGCUUGUAAUGACAUUCACCG